AUUCUUCUUAUUGUUGUACUUUUUGGUCCCUUUUCGCUUUUUGCCCCUUUCUCUAUUCACUUUUUCUCUUUUACACAAGCUCUUUGCUAAUACUAUUAUUAUAUCGAAUCUAUCGACUUACUGCAAUCAUAUCAACAUAAAUGACAGUCAAUAGCAACAUUGAAGACAAAGGGCUUAUAACGGAAUGGGCGAAGUCGAUUGAACGUGUGGAUAUUGAUACUGUACAAUCCUUAUAUUCGUCAUGCCCUGAGCUGCUAUGGGCGCCUUUACAGUUGAAUGUCACUGAUAAGGACACUUUGAAACAUUUUUCUCAACGUUUAGAAGCAUCAUCAAUUUUAGGCACUUCGUUCGAACCAUUAUACCCACUUCAUUAUCUCAUUUUGCUUUUCAGCAAUUACAAUAAUUUACAACAAAACGAUGACGAGCACUAUCAACUGCAUUUGAUAAGAAAUUUAAUAGACUUUAUCAUACAGAAAACACAAAGGGAUGAGAUUAACACAUGUCUAUGGGGUGAAGAAUGCAACUCAAUUAUGCACCUCGCUUAUUAUUUCUUAAAUCAACAACAACAACAAGUUGCUGAAUUAAUUCAACUUUUAAUUGAUCGCGGAGCUUCGACUACCAUUGUUAAUAAAUCAGGUCAUUUACCACUCAAUAGAAGCAUCGAAAAAACAAGCGCAAAACCAUCAUUUUCAUCAGACAUAAGUAAGGAAUUGCAGACACAACAGCAAGAAGAGGAAGGCCCAAAACUGAUCAUCAACAAACGUAAUGUCACUACUAAACAACCUGCUGCUGUGUCCGACAAAUUUAAACGCCUACGGGAAAUGGCAGAGGUGAAAUCGUCGUCCCGUCACCAUCAAGGAAACAGCUCCAAACUCAUGAUGGGUCGUCAUAACUCGGCCCAUCGUUAUUUCCGACCUGGUCAUAUCGAAGAAAGAAAACGUCGCGUCCUAAGCGAAGAAGAAGAGGCUGAAUUAGAAAAGGAAAGAUUAAAAAGACAACGUGAGGUAGACUUAUUGGUCCAGCGAUCGGCUGUUAGGAACAAUCCUUUGUUGAAAAAGUUAGAAGUACAUCAAGAAUCAAGUGACCAUAGUAUAAGCGAUAGUCUUUCUACCGCUUCUAAAUUGAGAACCGCAUUAACGUCAGUAACUGACCAGCCUCAAUUGCGGCGAGGAUCGAGAAUAAUACAGGCGUUGAAAGAUCGCUCUUACGUUUCGGACAGUGUGCUUCGUCACCAGCAAUUGCUGGCGGCAGAGACGAAAGAACAUACUGAAAAUGAUGUAAAUCACAACUCAGCAACUAGUCGGCUCAAGUCUAAUACACGUUUACAACCCAUAUCACCUUAUGCCAGCGACAGCAGUGAUGAGGAGAAUGAGGGAAUAUACGAAGACAACAGCAACGGCAAUGAUCUCAAUGAAGUAGCGAUAAAGGGAAUUAAAGUUGAAGCAACAAAAGAAUCGUUUGACAAAGCUUGUGGCGACCAAAAUGUCAAAGUCAAUGAACGUCAAGAUCUCAAUAUUAACAACAGUGAAAUUAGCGUGGUUCAACAUCACCAGCCUGAUUUGGUAUCCAGUAACGAGAAUCAUCAUAUAGCCGUAGCGAACAAAAUAUUUGAGCAACCUGAAAAACGUGGUGUCACAAACUACAUCAUGAAUGACAAUAGCAUCGUUGACUCCCUUCAGGUGAAGACUAAGAAAAAUAAUUACACUGCUGGAAUCGUUGUCAAUGAUACGGUAAAACGGACCUUGACGAUCAAAGGCAGCAAAGUAAGAGAGAUUGUACAAGUCCAUGAGCAUCUUAACGAUAAAGAAGAAAUCGAGAUUUAUUAUACAGGCAAGGUUUUCUCAGUCUGGAAGAAAAACGAAUAUGGUGAAUUGACAGAAGAAGAGCAAUUCACGGAAGCUCAAUUCAAAAAGAAGAGUCCUGAAAUACUAGAACUUGUUAAAGAAAAGUUAUCCGAAGAACAAGAUAGAGAAGUGCUAUUCGAUGAGAGCGCACCAUCAUUAAAGCAAUUGAUAGGCAGUAGCUAUAAUAUGACAGCCAAGGAAAAAAUUAAGAAUAUCGAUAAGCCUCUAAUAAUCGACAACUCCAGUCAGAGAUCUUCUACGUCUAAUACAGGCAAUGACGAGGACCUUUAUACCAGCAGAGGAUCGCUCAACUCAGACUCUACCUUAUCGACCAUCUCUCACUCAACAAAUGACAGUAUUCAACAUGUGAAUAUCAUUGAUGAUAUGAGAUUCCCGCUUCUGGAAGUGGAUGAAAAAACUACUGCAGAGACAGAUAAUGCAACGACUCUGUUGAAUGAUAGAUUAGACGAUAAUUAUCGAAAUAGCUUACUUGUACACGGAUUUAACGAAGAUCAUGAUCAUCAGCAACGAAACUCCAAUAUGCACAUUAGGGAUGUUCAUAACAUAACUAACAACGAGCCCUCUCACGAUACGAAAGCAUUCGUACGUACUUCUAUCAACAAUACCUUGCACCACAGCCAAAACAAUAAUGAAAUUCCUGCUAACACGACUGCAGACAAUUCAUUAUUAGACGGUACUGGUGGUGAAGUAGAAGGUUUCGAAAUUCUUGAUGACGAUAUAGAAGAAGCAGACGACGGAGGAGCCACGACACCGACUAAUAGCAGCUUUAUCAAAAAAAAUGAUAAUGAUAUUUCUAGCAAGGAUAACAAACAGCAAAGUCAUGACACGGUACAAAGCUUGGUCACCCUAGUUCAGCGGCAACUACACCAAGACGAAGAAGAGGAGGAAGAUGUAUAUGAAACUGAUAUCAUGAAUAAUAUUAUGCUUAAUAGACCGAGAAGACAAAGUGGGACACAACGUAAAUUGUGGGCUUUGAGCUAUAUAGAACAUCAGCAAGUCUCGCAAGACGAAACAAAUACCGUAUUGAACAACAGCGAUAACCGAUCUUCAUCCAGUUAUAGUGAAGAUCAAUGGUAUGAUCCUGAUUCCAAAGAAGGAAGCAGUAACGGUGAUUGGCAAUCUGUUUUUCAACGAGAGUCAUUCCUGACAAGUCAGCAGCAUUAUAGCAACAAUAAUAGCGUUAAUAAUGAUGAUGAGGAUCCCAAUGGUAAUGAUACAGCAUCAAUUGCUUCGAGUGUAUAUUCUUAUAAUGGAGCUAUUAUCAGUGAACUAGAAGAGAAGGACAGUAUAUAUCCCAGUCAUGGGGAAUUGCUUGUACACAAACCAAAGGAGCAUGCAGAACUCACAACAACCUUCGCCAGCCGAACGGAUAGCAGUGAUAGAAAAUCAGAGCAGACGGUGGAACAUAACCUACUAUUACCGGACACGUAUAGUCAUUCAACUACCAACACAAAUUCUCAUAAAGAUGGUGAGCCAAAAAGUACAUCUGAAACCAAUAAGCCAUCCAAGCCAAUUGAAAGUGCUAAAGAUACAAUGAAAAUCACUUCUAUGAAUUUAUCAGAAGACAACCAUAAUGAAGUUGAUAAGGAUAAAACUUCAUCGUUCAAUUAUAACAGUGGUGAAGGAGAAAUUGUUAUAUACAUGAGCGAAUCUUACGGACACACAACAAGAUUAGAUGAUCUAGUUGCGGCUGACAAACAGAAAGAUGUUAUUCCUGCCUUUAAUCUGCCUCUAUCUCGAAUGAGUGGCAAAGUGGAGUUGAAACCAGGUCAGCUAUCAUUACAGAGUGAUAAGGACUAUCGUCGUUCUCUUAUUCCCAUGGCUGAAGUAGAUUUCAAUACGGUUGCCAGAGAAAACGGCAAUUCGCUCUCUUCUAAUAUACCCAACAAAAAGGAUAAUCAACCACGCAUAGAAGAUAUUUCGCAAUACAUGAGAGCAUUACCUUCAGCCAAACAAUCAAUUUCGUCGAGUCAACUGAACAAUGCUAGCUACAAUAUUGGUAACGACACCCAACCGGGACAGCCCAUCAGAGAUUCUGUUACACCCAGUAUGGAUCACUGGAUAUCGACCCAGUCUCAACUCCAAGAAGACGUUUCCUCAUCUCACUUGUCGCAACAACAACAACAACAACAUCAACAACAGCCUGUAGUUGUUGCCACUCGCACAACCGCCAUAACCGAUGAGAAACCCUCACCCACCACCUCGUUCGAGAUAAACCGCUAUGGAAAAAUGUUUAUUGGUGUCAGUGGAGCCCAUCAUAUGCUUCUUCCUCUCCCUAAAGAGAUUACUUAUGUUCGCUGUGUCAUCAGCGACGGUGAAUACGAAUACAUGUCACGCUAUGAAAUCCUCACUCAUCAAAUCCUUAUGGAUUAUGAGUGCAUUAUUGACACUAAACCAGGGCAAAUUAUUACUGUUUCGCUUCAUGUUCGUCCAGACUAUCAUGUCAAGCCUAAAACUGGUCUGGUAAGUCGUUUGUUCACAUCUGCUCGUAAACAGAAAGAGCAUUUGUCAGGCUAUGUGCAUCCUGAAGAUGGGGCUAUUGGUCAAACAAGGUUUGCGGUAGAUCAUAUGGUUACAGCAUGUUAUAAGAAGACAUAUGAGGCACAGUUCGAUUGCUUCAAUUCUUGGUAUGCAAGGACUAAUCGUGAAAGGGCGAGAAGAGAACAAUUCGGCGAUGAAGAGGAUUUUUUGAAGAUUGUUGGCAAGUUAAAUAUUGAAAUGCUGUAUUUGCCAGUCUCUGAUCCAUCCUUGCCUGUGCCAAGGAGUUUAAGAGAAUGCGACCUUACAUUAAAAAUAAAACAAUGGCAUGACACUUGUUGGAAGAGUGGGUACCUAACAACAAGACUUCAAGGUUCUAAUAUAUGGGAGCGUCAUUUCUAUAGGCUCGUAGGAAGCCAACUGGUCGGCUAUACUUCAGACACUGACAAACAACGUGUUUGGAAGCAUUACAACAUAGCUGACGUGAUACGAUUGAGUGCUUCCACUGACAAAGUGCUAGUGACACUUGUCGAAGAAGAUAAAAAUACGGAUAAAGUGUUCAAUCCGGAAUCAAUCCAUUCUGACAAUCGAAAAGGCUUCUUCAGAUUGACUUUUUCAGAAUAUUAUGUAGACUGUGUCAGUGAUAAUCUGGAGGAUAGUGAAGACUGGGUGAAGACAUUGAAAGCUAUGAUCGGUCGUGUGCCUUUGCGAUUACCCUUUUCUGCAAAUUAAUAGCCAGAGUUUACUACCCCUUUAUGUACAUAGAUAAAAUAAAAACGUAAGUUUGAUAUACCAUGAUAAACUCCAGUGACGAAAGAUCCAAUCAAAUGCUUAUACAAGGGAUUCUGCUGCUGUCAUACGACUAUAAAUAAAACUAUGUUUAAUCUAUAGGUUUCUGAUGCAACCAAUGCUCACUUAUUACUGCGUAAAAGGGACAAUAAAACCCUGACAUAUUAUUUUGACGAAGAUGAAAC